AUGGGUUGUCGAGUGUGUCGCGCUCGCAAGGUCAAAUGCGACGACCGACCCGACGGCUGCCGCAACUGCGAGCGCCUGCAGCUGGAAUGCGUUGCCGACGACGGCUCGACGCUAGGCGGGAACCGUUCUUCCUCGUCGCCAAUGUACCUGAGGAAGAUUCGCACGUAUCGAUCUUGCCAGAGCUGCCGCUUGUCGAAGACAAAGUGUAAUGGCGACCGCCCGAGAUGCGCCAGAUGCGCCGCCAAGCUGAUCCAGUGCGUUUACGACGGGGGUGCCGCACCGAGAUGGACGCGCAAUUUAAGCAGGUUGCAAACGGCCUCUGUCGACGAGGAUGCAAGCAGCAGCAGCCCGGUCGAGCAGGACGGAGCUGAAAGUGUGUCGGUAGCCGUUGCGCCGAGUGAGGUUGACGAUGCUGGCUCUGUCCGAGCGGCGUCUCUCCGGCGUGCCGAUGAGUCGAACGACAAGUCUUUUGUCUUGUCCGCAGCCACUGCUGAUGCCCCGGUGACUUGCGCAGCUUCUCAAACCAGCUCGACGGAUCAGCUGGCUUCGCAUCCGUUAUCGUGGUUGCUGUCACCUGCUUUACCCGCGCCGAGAAACCUGCGCCGGGUGGUAGAACAGUACUUUUCAAACGUCCACCCCCUGCGUUGCUUUGCCUUUGUGCAUAAGCCGUCCUUUAUGAGACAGUUGGACAAAGGCUUCACGUCCGACGACGAGUCUGCGCUACUGCACAUAAUCUGUGCACAUGGUGCCAAAUUCCUCGCACUCGCCUCGGUCGAUGUCACAGCUCCUCCAUCGUUGCUUAAACAAGCAGGCAAUCAGUGGGCAAAACGGGCCGAGCACCUCAUGCUGGCAAAUUUCGGAAAGAUUUCAAUACAAAGACUCAUGACCGCUAUCCUCCUCCACGACUUUCGUUUUCGCCUGGGCGAGUACGGUCAGGCGCUCAUGCUUAGCGGCCUGGCUGUGCGCAUGGCCCACGCCUUGAAAAUCAACACCGAGUACAACUCGGAUAUCCUUUGCACAGAAGAAGGCGGCGACGCUCCAUCUGUCGCGUCGAGGGAAAGCCGGCGACGCCUAAUGUGGGCCUGCUACGUCCUCGAUGCUUGGGCUGGAAACGGGGUUGAUCAUUUGACGCUGCUCCGAGAGAACGACAUCAAGAUUCAGCUUCCGUCCAACGAGCGCAACUUUGGCUUACGGAUCCCAUCCGUCACCGAGACCCUUGGUGUUGGUCACGUCCUGCAGUUCCUCCCCCCGGCCAUUGUGCCUCGACGACCCGCCGCCAACAUGGGCAUCAUGGCGUACUACAUCCGGGUCGUCACACUCUGGAAGAGGAUCGUCCGGUACGUCAAUCAUUUGCACGCGGGCCCGCCUCCCUGGCAGCCAGAUUCUCUCUUUGCAGCCCUAGACGCGGACCUGCACCUGUGGCGCCGCGAACUGCCCGACUUUGUCGAAUACUCGACCGAGACAAUCUACGCCCGCCUGGACUCGAACCAGUUCGGGGCGCUGGUCCUGAUCCACUGCACAUACCAUCACAACUACCUGGAGCUGUACAAGCUCACUAUGCCUAAUCUCUUCAAACCCCCCAAGCCCUUCACCUUUUCUCCCGAGCACCAAGAGUUUCUUCAGUCCGCGCACGCAAACUGCUACUAUCACGCCCAGCAAAUCGCGGAUAUCCUGGCCGAAGCCGCGGAGCACGGCUCUCGUCUGCUGUCCGACAGCUUGCUCCCCUUGUUUGUCUACGACAGCAGCCGAGUCAUGCUGUACUACGUGGCUCGGUUGCUCGACCCGACCCGACCCGACGCAGAGGCCAAAAUGAGAGAUGCAGUCAAAGCAGUGGAGAGCAACAGCAAGAUCCUUUGCAUGAUGUCUGCACUAUUUCCCAUUGCUCAGCCAUUGUCUGCCACGAUUGAGAGAUGGUUGUCCAAGGUACAACAAACAAGAGGCCGUGACGAGUUGUUGAAAAGUCUGGAAUCUGACGAACAGGCCCAGCCUCAUCGGCCAGCAAUGUCCAACGAAACCAACCAAAGGCAUGGCCCGAGAUGUCCAGAGAAUGUCCUUUCUCCGCUGUCGCUUAAUUCCCUGGCCUGUUCCGGAGCCGGGGAGCCGGCCGGCGCAGAAGGGGAUGCAGCCUCCCGAACCGAGAGCUUCAGCACCCAAAACCCUCAUGCCGGAGGGGCCGCAUCCCGGGACGGGACAAGCGCCGCGGCUCAUCAGCUUGUCGGGCUCAGCCAAGAGGCAUCCGUCAGAUCCAGCCUGCAGCACGAGCGGCCCGUAUCCCAGCAUCCGCUUGGCAAAGCGCCAUCGUCGCAGCCAAUGUGCGACGCGCUGGACCUGGAUGACUUGCAAAACUUUCUCUCCUGGGACAUGUAUGGAAUCAUGGAAAUGGGCGGAUCCGUUUCCAUCGAAGACAUGGACGACUCUGUGUCUCAAUCAUGGACUGGGGCUAUAUGA